AUGUACAUCAUGGUUAUGGAUGCUAAAAGCAUUAGAAAUGACACAAGGCUGAACCCAUCUCAUCUGAUCCAUCUUCUGCGAGGACUGGUGAACAUUCUCCUGCAGUGCAGUCUGACAGUAGAGGCCUCACUCUAUGUCAUUUGUGUUCCUCUUCUGUUCACUAAAGAAGUGUACUAUCCAUUACCCGUAAUUCAGCUUACUAUGACUUUCUAUAGCUUUUGGCUGACUGCCUGGCUCUGUGCCUACUACUGCACCACCAUCACCAACUUCAGAUAUGGGCUCUGUGUUUGGUUACAGAGGAUCAGCUCAUCUUCCCUUCUGCUGCUGCUUCUACUCACAGCUGGUGGGACAUUUCUCAUAGGUCUCCUGUGUAUAUGGAAUAUCAACGUUGAAGCUGAAAUGAAAGGUUCUGAGAAUAGUACAUCAGGUUCCUCUUUUAUUAGUGAGACAUUUAAUGUGAAUCCCUUGUAUGCGCUAAUAGCCACCUGUCUAGGCUGCUGUCUGCCCUUUAUCCUCAUAAUCUACUCUAUAAUACUCACGGUCUCCUCUCUUUUGAGACACGUGUGCAACAUGAAGCAGAGUGACUCUGGAUUUACUCGUCCUAAACUCCAGGCCCACAUCAAUGCUAUAAGAACAGUCACCCUGAUCCUUGUAGUUUACAUAAUCUUCUGCAUAGCUGAGAUUGUGUUAUUCACAUGUAAAUUCAGAUCAGCCCCAGAUGACAAGCUGUUAACCAGCUGGUCCAUAGUGAUGUCCUAUCCAACAGCUGAGUCCAUCAUCACUAUGCAGGCCAGCUCCAAGCUCAGGAAGGUCUUUGUGGAGAAGUUUUCUGCUGUUUGCUGGAGAAACACAAAACCUGCGCAUUAG